AUGCCUUUCUCAUCUUUUUCGGACUACUCGCCAUGUUCCACGGACAUUCUACACCUUCGUCACAAGGGCAUGGAACUUUCCCUACCAAUCCCAGAUAUUCAUUUUACCCUAUUUGAGUUACAGAAGAAUGCAUUCCUCUCGUCGGACUGGACCGAAGAAAAUUGGUCCUCGCGUCUUGCGAUGGCAUUCGGCUUUCUGGAGUUUUUACUCAGUCAAGACCACAUCUCUGAGUCCGCGUUUGCAUGCAUUCGACGAGCGUUCGAAUGUGAAUUCCUCGGGGAUGAGGGUGAGAUACACUCGCUGGUUGUCGACCUAGCUACGAGCUCCGACGAAAGGGAACGAUGGCUAGGCAUCUACUAUAGACUGAUAGAAGCUAGCGGUGAUAGCUUCCAAGGGUCAGACGUACAUAUGGCCCAGCGUCUGAGUGCUCUUUUUGAACGCGCAAAGCGCGUUGAGUUUCAAUUCAUGGCCGUGUUUGGCGGCCAAGGGGAUUCAAGCCGGACCUGCGCGCAAGAACUUGCAGGACUCUAUAGAGCUUACAAGCCCAUGCUUCGCCAUUUUAUUCGUGUUGUAGGGUCUGAUCUACAAAAGCUUUCUGCCCGGCAUGAAUUUAGCUCAUACUAUAAGGAUUGGCGACUGGACCUUGAAGAAUGGGUUACCAAUCCUAGUAGUAUCCCCAGCCCCAACGUCAUUUUCCCGGCCCCUGUGAGCGUUCCGGUCAUUGGAGCUCUCAGUCUUGCUCGAUAUUGCGUUAUUUGCCAUCUGAUGGGUAUUAGUCCCGGCGAUUUACGGUCGUUAUUUCAAGGGACUACUGGUCAUUCGCAGGGAAUUUUGGUUGCCCUUACUAUUGCGCGGUCUGAAUCGUGGAGCUCGUUCUAUCAAAAUUCCCAACAGGCCGUACAGAUAUUGUUUCGGCUAGGAUGGGAAUGUCAUCAUGCUGCACCUUGCAGUAUGGUCCCAGCUGCACACCUCAGCGGGCUCGAUGAAGGGACUGAGCCUUCAUAUAUGUUAAGUGUGCGUGGUUUGGAAGAGGGUCAAAUGCGAGCUAUUCUGGACGAUCUUAACGCCAGCUUGACGCGAGAUCAAUGGCUUUAUAUCGCCCUAAUAAAUUCAUAUGACCAAGUUGUUAUAGCCGGCACAGUGGCGUCUUUAUUGCAUCUGGAUAGCUAUCUCACCAGUCUGUCCGGUUCUGAAGAAGGCCAAACCCGUGUUCCUGCCAGUAUCCGAAAGCCUUCCAUUCAAAAGAACUUCCUCUCUGUUAGCACGACUUUUCAUACCUCCUACCUUACACAGGCUGCUGAAGCUGUAAAAACCCAUCUUUCCGAUUUUGUAAUCGAUCCACAUCACUUGGGAAUUCCAGUUUAUCACCCUCGGACUGGUCAAGAUCUACGGCAACAGACUACUAACAUCCUGCCUACUGUCAUAGAUGCCAUUGCCUCUGAACUUUGUGAUUGGCCUUGUGCACUGGCAGGCCAUGAUAAACUCCAAAGAACCCCAAUAUCGCACUUCAUUGUUUUCGAUCGUGGUAGUCUGGGAUUAUUGGUAAAACGAGUUAGGGAAGGUUGGGGCGCUCGGGUUAUCCAGGGAGGCGAUUUGGAUUCUCGAGACCCUGAACUCGGCACUCUAAGAGACCUAUUGGCGCCGAAACUUUUGUACACAUCGAGCAGAAUUCAGGGUUGGGGACAGCGUUUCCAACUACGUUUGACAACAGCGGACCCUGUUCAGCUGGAGACGCGCCUGGGCCGAUUGCUGGGAGCAUCUCCUAUCAUGGUGGCAGGAAUGACCCCAACAACGGUUAACGUUGGCCUUGUUGCUGCUAUUAUGAAAGCAGGAUAUCACGCUGAACUUGCGGGGGGCGGUUUCCAUGUUGCCUCUCAGAUGGAAGCAGCUAUUGAUGAACUUGUUCGCCGUAUUCCCCGUGGGCGAGGCAUUACGUGCAACUUGAUAUAUGCCAACCCCAGAGCUAUGGCAUGGCAAAUUCCUCUGAUUCGUCGUAUGGUACGAGCUAAAGUUCCAAUCGAAGGAUUAACGAUCGGUGCUGGUGUGCCUUCCCUCGACGUUGCCAGCGAUUAUAUCCGGACAUUGGGUCUGCGGCAUAUUGCGUUCAAGCCUGGAUCAGUAUCUACUAUCCGGGCCGUCGUGGAAAUAGCAAAGGCCCACCCUGAAUUUCCCAUCAUCUUGCAAUGGACCGGGGGACGCGGGGGAGGUCAUCAUUCAUUCGAGGAUUUUCACGCACCUAUCAUCACAACCUAUCCCCUCAUUCGGCAGCAUUCUAAUAUCUAUCUUGUGGCCGGAAGUGGACUUGGGAAUAGUCAAAGUAUCUAUCCUUACUUAAGUGGCUCCUGGUCAGCUCAAAUGGGACAUCCCCCCAUGCCAUUUGACGGAAUACUAUUAGGAAGCCGUAUGAUGGUAGCUAAGGAGGCAGGAACUUCGCCGGCUGUCAGGACGAUUAUCGGCAACGUCCCCGGAGUACCUGACCAUGAAUGGGAAAAAACAUACACGGGUUCUGCAGGAGGUGUUAUAAGUGUUAAAUCAGAAAUGGGGGAGCCGAUUCAUAAGAUUGCUACCAGAGGAGUACGGUUUUGGGCCGAAAUGGACAAAACCGUCUUCAACCUACCGAAGGAUAGCAGGUUGGCAUAUCUCACCAACAACCGCGAUUCAAUUAUUCAACGACUGAAUUCAGAUUUCGCGAAGCCAUGGUUCGGGCGCAAUACUCACGGGGAUGUUGUCAAUCUCGAGGAUAUGACCUACGUUGAAGUCCUUGAGAGAAUGAUUGAGUUAAUGUACAUCCAUCAUAGCAAACGCUGGAUUGACCCGUCCUAUAUCGAUUUCACCAUGGAAAUUGCAACUCGCUGGUCCGAGAGACUGCCUUGCACUGAUAAUGACUGCGGAGACCUGCCUCUUGAACUCCUCACAGAGUCACCCGAUUCGUUUCUAAUUUCCUUUAGCAAUACUUUCCCAACAGCGGAGGAUCAGCUCAAUCCCGAGGAUGGUUGGUUCUUUCUGAUGCAGUGUAAAAAGCCAGGCCGAAAGCCCGUCAACUUUAUUCCUGCCCUGGAUGAAGACUUUGAAUACUACUUUAAAAAAGAUUCAUUGUGGCAGUCCGAAGAUGUUGACGCUGUGGCUGGGCAGGAUGCUGAGAGAGUCUGUAUUCUACAUGGUCCCGUGGCAGCCCAAUACUCUAGCGAUGAUGGUAAAUCAGCAAAGGAAAUACUGGACUCAAUAUCGGCUGGCGUUGCAAGCCUUAUGCAAGAGAAACUCUGCACUCACGACUUCAUGUGUAGCCCAGAAAGCGGUUUGGUCACCCCAGUCUCUUGGUCCACGACCUCUUUGGCGGGAAGAGACCUUAUUGAUGAGAUAUCUUCUUCAUUUACUUCACUUUCUGACGCUCCAGACGACGACUCCUUUCAUUCCGGAGGGGUCAGUAUUGGGUCCUCUAGCGGGUUUCCGGCCUGGCUGCAUGCAAUACUCGGAAACCAGAGUAUACUACAGAAUCAUACCCGCCACAGGAACCCGUUUCGCAAAGUUAUGCAAGUCACCCCUGAGGCGUCCAUUCAUUUGGAUCGAGAUCGUUCAGAGGUGCAUGUCGUAUUACAAGAUCCGUGUGGAAUCACCUCAUCCAUUAGAGCGGCAUCCCCGAAUGGGAGUGACCUGCGAAUCGACGUUUAUGCACCUAAGAAAUCCGAUCCAUUAACCCUCUUUUACAGAUUCACCCAAUCGUGCGGCGUAUCGGGGUUGAGCGAGGUUAUGGAAGAGCGUAAUGAGAGGAUCAAAGCAUUUUAUAGCAGACUUUGGCUUGGACGAGAUGUGGAUUCUAAUUUAUGCGUGCCGGAUACAUUUCACGGAACUUCAAUGCAAUUAACGAAGCCGCUUCUUGAUGGUCUGGUGCAGACUAUGGCACCGGCCUUUCUCAACCACCGACUCAUGGUAACGGACUCGGGAAUUCUACCGAUUAGCACAGGAAUCAUCAUUGCCUGGGAGGCCAUAGUCCAACCACUGGUUCUACGUGAGAUUGGCGGCAAUCUUCUCCGGCUAGUUCACUGCUCAAACAUGUUCCAGUAUUGCCACGGGGCGAACCCACUAGUUGUGGGCGAUGUUGUGAGAUCUGAAGCGAAGGUGCAGAGUAUCUAUCCGGAUGAUGCCGGAACCGUGGUUGUUAUAGAAUGUUGUAUCAUUCGGUCAGAAAAGCCGGUGUUGACAGUAACAUCAACCUUUAUAUUCCGAGGGCCCUUUUGCGAUUGGAAGAAUAUAACAGCAUUCCGUCGAGUAAAAGAACCUGAACGGGCUCUUGAUGUUUCCUCCAGGCUGGACGAGUUGGUUCUUCUGAGUCGGGAAUGGUUCCAUUUGUGCAAUGAUUCGAUGAGCCUUGUUGGAAAAUCAGUGACCUUUCGCAUUGAAACACUUACAAAGUACGGGGAAGACGGGGCGAGGAGUAUACAUGUUACCGGAAACGCCCUCGCUCGGCUGGACGGCCUCAAGCACCAGCAAGUUGGAGUUAUAAACUUCAACUGCGAACAAUGCAGCGGAAAUCCUGUCAUAGACUUUCUUGAGCGGAGAGGGAGAUUGUCUGAAGCUCAAACAAAAUUCCCGACACCUGGAUGGAGCACUCGGCUCUCAAUGGAGGUGCGGAUGCCGUUGAACAAUCAACCAUAUGCUGAAUUGUCCAAAGACUACAAUCCGAUUCACACCUCAUCCAUCUUUGCGAGUCUAGCUGACAACCACGGAACCAUUUGCCAUGGAAUGUGCACUUCAGCAAUAACAGAGAGAGUACUGGAGUACCUGGUUCUGGAGGGAAACAGGGAGCAUCUGCGUCGUUUCGAGGCUAGGUUCACGGCAAUGGUGAUGCCGGGAGACGAGCUAUUGAUCCAGUUGAAACAUACAGGCAUGAUUGGAGGGCGGAUGUGCUUCGAUAUUAUCGCGGUGCGCAAGAAGACCGAUGAACUUGUGCUUGAAGCUAAUGCGGAGGUUGAGCAGCCCAAUACAGCAUAUUUGUUCACGGGCCAAGGUAGCCAAAGUAAAGGGAUGGGAAUGGAUCUGUAUAGCAAAAGCCCAAGAGCAAGAGCUCUAUGGGAUGGUGUAGACCAACAUUUAUUCAACGCUUAUGGGUGGUCCGUUUUGGAUAUUGUACGAAACAACCCGAAAUCCUUGACCAUCCACUUCGGAGGCUGGAAAGGACGGGGCAUUAGACAACGGUACUUGGAUAUUACCAGGGGAGUGCAACUCGCAGACGGAAACCUGGUCCAGAAGCCUGUGUUAGCUGAGCUUACCCCGACUUCUACCUCGUACACAUUUACGAACCCUAAAGGCCUACUCUAUUCAACGCAGUUCGCACAGCCGGCUAUUUUGUUAUUCGAGGCAGCCGCCUUUGCCGAGUUGCGCGCUCAGGGGUAUGUGUGUGAUAGAGCCGUUUAUGCUGGACACUCCCUUGGGGAAUUUGGGGCUUUAUCAGCUCUCUCCGAGACUAUCCCGACAAGUGCUCUCGUUGAGUUGGCCUUUUACCGGGGGGUAAUGAUGCAGGGAUCUGUGCGAAAAGGAGACCACCACGAAGGGCCAACAUAUGGAAUGAUGGCCACGAACCCUAAACGCGUGGGGAAUUACUUCUCCCACGAUGCAUUAAGCUUCAUUGUCCAGACAGUUGCCUCUAUGAGCAAUGAAUUACUCGAAAUUGUGAACCUCAACGUCGAUGGUGAACAAUAUGUGUGUUCCGGAACGACAGCAAAUCUUUAUGUGAUGGGCAAAUUGAUCGACCACAUAGCAUCAGCGCCUGAUGGAUCUCACCUGGUUUCCGAAUUUAUGAAAUCCCGCGACACGACAGCUAGCGAACUGCAUUCUGUGAUCAGCACUCUCAUCGGCCAGGGGAAAUCACUCCCACGAAAUAUCGAGCUUCAACGAGGAAAAGCCACCAUUCCCCUGCAAGGAAUUGAUAUACCUUUUCACUCCAGCCAUCUUCGUACCACAGUGGACAGAUUCCGACAAUGUCUUUUACGCCCAAACUUCCUCGUCGACAACGUUGACGUGGAGCAGCUGGUAGGGAGAUACAUCCCGAACCUGAUGGCGAAACCAUUCUCUUUGGAGGAACCGUACAUUCGUGAGGCCUUUGAAAUCACGCAAAGUCCAGUAUUGGGUGAAAUCCUCGGAGUUUGA